GCCAAAAAUGUUAACCAAUUUCAUGGCAGCAAAUAAAUCCAUUUCAUUUCUUCAAUGUGCAACACAGAUGUUUCUCUUUGUUACUUUUGGAACAACGGAAUGCUUUCUCUUGGCUGCAAUGGCUUAUGAUCGCUAUGUGGCCAUCUACAACCCACUUCUGUAUUCAGUGAGCAUGUCACCCAGAGUCUAUGUGCCACUCAUCAUUGCUUCCUAUGUUGGUGGCAUUUUAAAUGCUACUAUACACACAGUGGCCACAUUCAGCCUGUCCUUCUGUGGAUCCAAUGAAGUUAGACAUUUCUUUUGUGAUAUCCCUCCUCUCCUUGAUAUUUCUUGCUCUUCCACUCACACAAACCAGCUUCUACUCUUUUACUUUGUUGGAUCCAUUGAGAUAGUCACUAUCCUGAUUGUCCUGGUCUCCUAUGGUUUCAUUCUGGUGGCCAUUCUGAAGAUGCACUCUGCUGAAGGGAGGCAAAAAAUCUUCUCUACAUUCGGUUCUCACCUAACUGGAGUGACAAUUUAUCAUGGGACAGUCCUCUUCAUGUAUGUGAGACCAAGUUCCAGCUAUGCUUUGGAGCAUGACAUGAGAGUUUCGAUUUUUUACACCGUUGUGAUUCCAAUGCUGAAUCCCAUCAUCUACAGUUUGAGGAACAAAGAUGUAAAAGAGGCAAUGAAAAGAUGGUUUGGGAGAAGUUGGUUUUAAAGAAAGUGUGUUUUCAACAUUGAGUAAAGAUG